GAGGAAACUGUCUUAACUAUCUGGCUGAAGAUAGAUCCUGGCAAACACAAUUGCUUUCACUUGCUAAUUUCCGAGGCAAACACGUGGAAGGAUGAGUGAACUGGAGCAGUUGAGGCAGGAGGCCGAACAGCUGCGGAAUCAGAUCCAGGAUGCCAGGAAAGCAUGUAAUGAUGCAACACUUAUUCAGAUCACAUCAAAUAUGGAUUCUGUGGGCCGAAUACAAAUGCGAACGAGGCGUACGUUGAGGGGUCACCUAGCUAAGAUAUAUGCUAUGCACUGGGGAUAUGAUUCAAGGCUACUAGUCAGUGCUUCCCAAGAUGGAAAAUUAAUUAUUUGGGAUAGUUACACAACAAAUAAGAUGCAUGCUAUUCCUUUGAGAUCUUCCUGGGUGAUGACCUGUGCCUACGCUCCCUCCGGUAAUUACGUCGCGUGUGGAGGGCUGGACAACAUCUGCUCUAUAUAUAACUUAAAAACCAGAGAGGGAAACGUGAGAGUGAGCCGAGAGUUACCGGGUCACACAGGCUACUUGUCCUGCUGUCGAUUUUUAGAUGACAGCCAAAUUGUUACAAGUUCAGGAGACACAACUUGUGCUUUAUGGGACAUCGAAACUGCCCAGCAGACCACCACGUUCACUGGGCAUUCUGGAGAUGUGAUGAGUCUUUCUCUGAGUCCUGACAUGAGGACUUUUGUUUCUGGUGCUUGUGAUGCCUCUUCAAAAUUGUGGGAUAUUCGAGAUGGAAUGUGCAGACAGUCUUUCACUGGACAUGUGUCAGAUAUUAAUGCUGUCAGUUUUUUCCCAAACGGCUAUGCCUUCGCCACGGGCUCCGACGACGCCACGUGCCGGCUCUUCGACCUCCGCGCAGACCAGGAGCUGCUGCUCUACUCGCACGACAACAUCAUCUGUGGGAUCACUUCCGUGGCGUUCUCAAAGAGCGGCCGCCUCCUGUUAGCCGGUUACGACGACUUCAACUGUAACGUGUGGGACACGCUCAAAGGCGACCGCGCAGGUGUUCUUGCUGGUCAUGAUAACCGUGUCAGCUGUUUAGGUGUAACAGAUGAUGGCAUGGCUGUGGCAACAGGCUCUUGGGACAGUUUUCUUAGAAUCUGGAAUUAAUAGUAUGUACAGGUUUUCUGUUCUCCGUUGCAAUCUGGAGAAAUCAGUGCUACAGCCUAUCGCUGUGAGAAGAAAAUUCUACCUUAUAUUUGCAGGUGAAGAUUUUUCUAUUGAGAUUAUUAUAUACAAAAAGAAGAUUUCAGUAAACUACAAAACAAAAAAGUGGGGGAAAACAAUGCAGGGGUGCUUGCUGAGAUCAAAAGGACCAGUGCAUUAAUUUGAGGAGUUGAGCUAAUUUAACCUUGAUGAAUUUUUGCUUGUACUCAAAUUCGUUAUUUUCUUUGUGUAGGACAGAAUGUACACAUUAUAGCUGUUUUCAUGUUUGAUUGUGUUUGCAUUUUUUAAGACCUACAUUUUUAACUUUCUAUACAUAAGAAAUAUCACAUUUUUGAGUUUUGUAAUGGAAGAAGUAGGCACAAUAGAUGGAGGUGAUCCCCUAUGUAUGUGUACUUAUGUUUGAAGAAAGGCUCCUUGAUUUCUGACCUUCCUUUUCCAUCUGAAAGAGCUCCUGGUUGCUUCAUGUCUCAAAUGCUAGCAGGACUAGUAACUCAGAGGGUAGUCUCUGUUGAGUAGAUAGUUUCUUUGCCAUCCUAUGAAUUUAAAUAAGUGCUCCUUUUCAGUCCUUGGAGGGGGAGGUAAUCUGAAGGCCAGGGAAUCGAGAUUUCAUUCUGAAAUUCUAGACCUAUAUGUGAAACUCUUACAUUAAUAGUUAGCAGUAAUUGCAUAAAAAUGGUUCUUGACAUUUAAAAAAUCUGGUUACGAUCAAAUGACACUUGGAGUAGCCCUCUAAAUAGUUGGGCUUUACUAGUUAUUUCAUAUUCUAGAACUGAGUUUGUAGGGUCCACUCAUUAUUGCAGAUUAACAAUUAGAUCGUCCUUGUACCUGAAGAAUUUUCCCCAGUGUUCUCCGUUGAUACACACGUAGAUGGGAAAUAUGUGAUGGCAUUAUGUUGUUGAAAGAAGCGUUAAAAUCUAACCAGUUGCUAGACUUGAUUAGUUAUAAUUGUGUAGCAAGGUAGCUUUAUGAAUUCAUGUUCAAAUAGUUUAUAUCAAUUCAGAUUUUAUAUUAUCUGUGACUUAAAUUUUAAAAAGGAAAUAUUCAGACUUUUUGCUCUUCUGUAAUUCUUCUCUUGGCACAAAAUAAUGGUUUCUAAGUGAUUUCGCCAAAAAGCAGCCUUAGAUCCAAGUGACUCCACUUUAAAGCCAAAAGAAAAAUUCCAAGAGCAGUUCUUAAAGGAGUCAGAGGAAAAUACUAAGCAAUUCCUGCUUGUCAAUGAUAUAAUGUGUCUAUUGCUAGAAUGUGUCCCCCCCCAUUUAAACAAAGAUACUUUCCCCUUAUAACUAAAGCUAAAUGACAAUAGAAGAUUGUUAGUCUUGCUUGAUGGUGAAGUCAUGGAUUAUUCUCAUAUAUAGAAGUGCAUUAUUUUUGUAAUUUAGCGAACCAUGUCCGUUACUGUUGAGAUGGGUCUCAACUUUUGAUCACAUGUAACCCUAAAUACUCCCCAAAUUUUACUUGUGAAUUUUCAUUUUUAUAUUGUGAAUGUGCUAGUAAGAGCAUCAACUAUAAUGAAGUCUCUAUCAGUUUUAAGAUCAGCUGAUAAUAAAAAGAUACAGGACCAAAAAAAUAGACUAUUGUAGAUGGCAGGCAUGAAUGUAUAUUUAUAAACACAUAUAAGAUUUCUAUGAACUUUUUUUGCAAUUAAUGUUUGUGGACUGUCAUUUCAUAAAGAAUAGCUCUUUGAGGUAAGGCAAGAAUAUUUUAAAGGAACAUAUUCAUUUCCCCAAAAGGUGAGGGUUUGCCAUGUAGUUCAGCAAUUCAUUCAAAAUUCCUGUUCAAGAAACCACUUCUGCCAUGUUCAAAAUAGCCAUAUAUAUAUAUAAAUGUGUAAGAGUAUCUCUACUUUGAAAGUUAUUCUAAUAACAAAGAUACUUUUGUCGGAGAUACACAGACUACAAGAAUUUCAUGGUCUUCAGCAUGUUUAUAGAACGAGUUAAAGUCUUUGUAGAUAAGCUUAAAAGCAGUUCCCAUAAUUCAGUGUGUACUAGGGAACUAAGACCCAACCACUAUGGUGGCUAUUUAUACAGAAGAUCAAAUGGUGACCUCAUUACAUUAACUUACUAGCUAAACCUUUGCUCUCUAGUAAUCAAAGUUCCAAUUGCUAAAUUAUUUACUUGCAGUUUGAGUUCAGCUGAUAGUCUUAAGUGUUGUGCGUAAGACUUGUAACCAGUAAGAGUAUUACUAUGCAGUUUUAAAGACUUUGCAUCAAGAUUGUUGCAUUUAUCUGGUGCCUGUUUUCUUUUACCUUAUAAGACAUUUAAAUAUAAUAUGCCUCAGCAUGUUUGUUUAUAGAUUCAUUAAUCACUUCAUAAAGACUGAUUUUUUUCAGAUCUGGCAAGAAUAAUUUGAGAACAUAUUCUUUUCUAAAAAGAGUGAGUGAUUGCCAUGUGGUUCAGCAGAUGGUCCUGAAAGCUGAUAGCAAAGACCUCUCCACCCUGAUGGACAGGCAGGCCUCCUUUUUGGCAGCUGUGUUAGAGGUUUAGACUCCCUCCCUCCCUCCUAUUUUUCUAGUUGUGAUCCCAUGGUUCCACGCACCACACCAAAUUCAUCUUCACAGGGGCAAAAAUUUGGGUUUAAUAUUUCAAUUAUAAGUCUAACAGGCCAUUCUCAUUUUAAUGUAGACUCAGCUGAACUGCACGAUGAUAGUUAACUAGUAUCCUAGACAUAUGGAUGUAUGUGCUUCUGGAACAUGUUAAGCAAUUUUAAAGUUAACCUAUUAAGAGAAAUGGAUCUUGCCUUCUCCAGGGGACAAUGAAAUUUUUAUUGCUAAAAUACACCAUGCCAAUAUUAUAACUGACCUUUUCCGACACUAUUGCAGUCUUAGAUUUAACAAUUUUAACCUUUUUAAAAGUGAAAACAUUCAGGGAAAUUUAUGCUUUGGUUACUGUUGAAUGUUUCACAUUUUAAACUACAAGGCAAGUGAAUACUUGUGGCUUAUCUGUUUAAACUUAUGGAAACUGAUUAAACAGUCUUCUAAAUGGGCCUUUCAUUUUCACAAUAUUCUCUCUAGAAUCUUUACGGUAUAAAUCAUGCUUUAAAAUUUUUGCUUUUAAAUCAAGUACUAUUGCCAUUGUGGAAAGCAAAAUUUUAAACUCUUAUCUCCUGUUAGAAUUUUUUAAAACACCCUCAAGUUUAGCCCAUCUGUCUGUGAGAAAGAGUAGCACAAUGAAAAAAAUUGGUAUUGUGAAUUAGGUUUCAUAUUUACUAGUUUUUCCUCCCGCUCAUUUUGAGUUGCCUUAAAUUCUGUGGUAUAUCUAAAAAUAUUGGUUACAAUAGGUACUCAUUAAAAUGGUUUGUAGUUGAAUGUUUAAGGUAGCAGUGUAUCUUUUAAAAGUUUAUUAGUCACAGAUUGAUGGUACACCUUGUAUUUAGCGGAUGUGUUUGCAUGUUGAUAAAAUUUCCUAAGUCUUUUUUCUUAAAUCCAAUUACUGAUCCUAUAAAAUAGUUAUAAUUCAGCAUCAUGAAGAAACUGGUUAUGUGUUUCAACUGGUGUUAAGUGUUCCCGAAAAAAUCAUACAUCAUAUAGUAUUUAUUUUUUAAUUGAACUUCAGUGAUACUUGGUAGAUAUUUCAAGCCUUUUGUCUUUUACACAAUGGUGCUCUAUUGUUUUCAAAGCAUCUGAACACUUGGAUUCGCAUAUUCUUAUCCAAAGGCAUCCACACAGAAGUGGGUUUUUAAAGCUGAGUAAAAUGUUUUUCACCUACAGUGGUUUCUAUAGAACAAACUUGUAGCCAAUUGACUUUGAAUGUCAGUAGUAUGACUAUGGGCAAGAUGAACGUAGAUUAAAGCUCUUAUAAAAGCUUUCAACCAAACUAUGGACUUGUACCAUGAUUUAAUAGUACUCUUGGAUCUUUCUUGCACAAUGAUUCAUUCCUUUAUUUGUACAGUAGCUCUGUGAAAUGUUGCUGUGAAUUGAUAUUGUAAUCAAUAAAGUGCUUUUAACCAGA